GGUUUAUAACCUACUUCCUCAUUUUGGUGUUUUGAUACCCUUACGUUAGACUCAUCGUGUUGAUGAAUAUUAUUUUUUUUUUAGGUAACAAAACGUAUCAAUAUUUAUAAAAAUGUGUGGCGGUUUUAAUUGUUUGAAAAAUUCUUUAAUUUCGUUAAAUAUUUUGUACAUGUUGGUUGGAGCUUUAUUGAUAUAUGUAAGCUGGUCCGGUAAAUUGGAGUCUCCUUAUACGGAUAAUAUUCCAGUAGUAACGAGUAUCGAAAUAUGUGGCACAUUUUUAAUCGUUCUGGCAGGACUCGGAUUGGUUGGAGCAGUCAAACAUCAUCAAGUGAUUCUGUUUUUUUAUAUGAUCAUAUUGUUCAUUUUAUUCGUCACUCAGGUCAUCGUUUCUUACACGUGUAUGAAUAUGUCGACUGAACGAGAGAAAACUAUCGCUACUCAGAGCUGGAGUAAUACAGAUUAUGACUCGAAGCUUCGUUUCCAAAAGGAUUUCAAUUGCUGCACGUACGAUGUAUCCAUCCGAGCAUUAACUGAUAUGUCGUGUCUCAAUAUUCCUUGCUGCACUGAUAAAUUUGCAAUGAAUUGCGAAUGUCCUACGUGUGAAAAUAAAUUGCAAAAUAACUUGAGAAAUGUUUUUCAACUGGCUGGAUUUUGGGGAAUUGUUUUCAGUUUCACUGAGAUUUUUGGAGUAUGGUUGGCUAAAAGAUACAGAAAUCAAAAAGACCCUCGAGCUCAUCCGAGUGCUUUUUUAUAAGUUCCAUCGAAUUGGAUACAGGAUUGUGAACGGAUAAUAAAACUACAUCCACAGCUGCGGAGGCAGCAUCACAUAUAAACGUCGCAAAUUAAUUUUAAUGAUCGUGUAUUCAUGUAAGAAAGCUCCGAAGUAUUCAUUCAAGAUUAAUUACAAAUUAGAAUAUAAGUUGAGAGUGCAACAAUUCGAAUGUUGUAUUUUUAAUUACGUGUAUCGAAACCAUUUUAAAAAACAUUUCAAUUGUAUUUUUUCUCAAUACCUUUUUUUUACUAUACGGUUGCCCUGCAAAAUAAUUAAACGCUUAAUGUAGCUUAGGUAUUUACAUUGUACCUACCUAUUCUUAUUUAGACGUACGUACUACCUAUUUUCUUCCUUUUCUCUAAUACAGAAUAUUUAUGUGAUUUCUUGUACUUGACUCGUCUUCUCGCAUUGCCAAUUACUUACCUAUAACUAUAAUUAUCCGAUAAAAUGUUCAAUAGUCAGAGUCCUAUGUUAAUUAUGUUAUCCGUACUUGAAGGAUGAUAACCAUAUGAAAACGUAUACUGUACUUACCUGAUCUCAGGAAUUCAGGAUUAUUUCUUUUAUGUUCGUAUGAAAGUUGUUGAAGUAUCUUUUUUAAGCUAAUAGAUUAAGGGAAAUGUGUACAAUUAUUAAUAAAUUAAGUCAGCAUUA